AGUAAGGAAGGAGAGAAAGAGGGAGGGAGGUGAGGUGUAGCUGCCGCCUUGUCGCUCUGCGUUCCGCAGCCGACGCGGAGAGGACAGCCCCCGGCAGGCGUCCCGGCAUGCUGAAAGUCACCAUGCCCUCCUCAUCCUCAUCCUCCUCGUCCUCCUCAUCUUCCUCCUCCGGCUCUUCGGCCGCCAGCCGCCCGGGGUCCGCCGCGCCCGACUACUGGAUCGAUGGCUCCAACAAGGACACCCUGGCUCACUACUUCGAGCUGGAGUCCGAGCUGGGACGUGGGGCUACAUCCAUUGUCUACAGAUGCAGGCAGAAAGGGACCCAGAAACCUUACGCCGUCAAAAUGUUGAAGAAGACAGUAGACAAGAAAAUUGUCCGCACUGAAAUUGGAGUUCUUCUUCGCCUUUCRCAUCCCAACAUUAUAAAACUGAAGGAGAUAUUUGAGACCCCUACAGAAAUCAGCCUUGUUCUGGAACUGGUCACUGGUGGAGAACUUUUUGACAGGAUUGUGGAAAAGGGGUACUACAGUGAACGGGAUGCUGCUGAUGCUGUUAAACAAAUUCUGGAGGCGGUUUCUUACCUGCAUGCAAAUGGGAUUGUGCAUAGGGAUUUGAAGCCAGAAAAUCUACUCUAUGCAACACCAGCACCAGAUGCACCACUAAAAAUUGCUGACUUUGGACUCUCCAAGAUUGUGGAAGAUCAUGUGACCAUGAAGACAGUCUGUGGAACUCCAGGGUACUGUGCACCAGAGAUACUACGGGGAUGUGCCUAUGGCCCUGAGGUGGACAUGUGGUCCCUGGGGAUUAUCACCUACAUCCUUCUUUGUGGCUUUGAACCAUUUUAUGAUGAGAGGGGAGAUCAGUACAUGUUUAAGAGAAUCCUGAACUGUGAAUAUGACUUUGUGUCCCCCUGGUGGGAUGAUGUGUCUCUGAAUGCCAAGGAUUUAGUUAAAAAGUUGAUUGUUUUAGACCCCAAGAAACGCCUCACCACCCUGCAGGCUUUGCAGCACCCAUGGGUCACAGGGAAGGCAAUCAACUUUGCACAUAUGGACAACGCACAAAAGAAACUUCAAGAAUUCAAUGCCCGACGUAAACUUAAGGCCGCCGUGAAAGCUGUGGUGGCCUCUACGCGCCUCGGCAGUGCCAGCAGCCAUGGCACCCAUGACGGCCACAAGGGUGGCCACAGCCCGGCCCGUGACACCCAGCCCGUGGAGAAUCCCACUCAGGACACAGCAGUGGCGGCAGCGGCGGCCCCAGAAGAAAUGCCUUAG